AGGGCAUUGUUCAGUAUGAUUUAUAUUCGAUUUCUAUGUGAGAUGAUUCAAACUGCAAACAUUUUUGUUUAAAAAAAUGAAAUGUAAAUCAAAUGAUCCAAAGAGAAAAAAAUAAAUAAAAAUUGAUUUACUAGAUCUAUGAUAUCCUACAAAGAUUUUAUAUUUAGUGCGAUAGCAUAUGACUUGCCAUAUAUUUUUCGUGGCAUUUAUGAAUAUACUGCUGGUGUCAUUCUCUAAAAUUAUUAGUCUUAUCAGCAUAUAUCAUGAAGAUCAUGCGUUAAAUCUCGAUAGGAGAAAGGUCAAUAAAACAGAACAGAUUGCUUACGGAUAUGAAUGUGACGUUUCGUUUGCGCGCGCAAUCCACCAUGCUGAUGACAUUCCUGGGGGAAGAUGACAUCAACACGUUCCCGUGGCUUUGGUUCACUUGUGCCAAUUUAUAUCCCCUCUUCACACAAACAUGAUUGAUAGCUUUAAUUAAAUUCAUCCUAGUUCGUAACGGAAAAAACCCAUCCAACUAUCUACAGUCUUAUGUGGCACAUCCUCGCGUAAGGAUUAUUCAAUCGCAAUUACGUGGCCUUUUUUCCAAUCAGAUAUGUAUUUUUAUAAUGAUAAUAUACUCAAUUGUAAGUGACUUACUGCAGUGAUUACUUGUAGACUUGUAUGUGGUGUGAAUAUUUUGCAUGUAUUGCUAUCAAGUAAAAGAUACAACGCAAUACAACGAUAAAAUAUCAUAAAUUAUAGAUGAUUUUUAUCGCAAGAAAAUAUCCUUGUGAUAAGCCACGUUAGAUAACAGGUGUAUAAAUUGCUGUAAAACCUUCCUUGCCAUACCAAUGUUCAGUGUGGCUCACAGUUAUUAUGUCCAUUCUAAGAAUCUGAAAAUCAUAAGUUAUAAAUAUAACGGUUGUUGGAAUUUUUUGUGUUAAAAAUUUUGCGUUAAAUAAUAAAAUAUCAAUAUUGAGAAUAUAUUAUUAAAUUUUGUCAAAUAAAGAUUAAGAUCUAAAGAAGAAAUUAUGAGUCAAAGUAAAAAUUGUGUUGAUUUGAGUGAAGUGAGUGAUAAGUUUACGAAAGAGGUACUGACAGAUGUCCUCUGUAAAGCCCAUGGGAAAAAAGUGCAACUUGUAGAUUGGGAUUUUGGCGAAGGAUUUGCCAAAGGCGAUAGUUACUUGUCAACUGUCACUAAAGGCGUAGUGUAUGGUAUUACAGAUGACGAUUCAAAGCAGCAUGUGCAAGUUAAUUUUGUUGUAAAGUCGAUUCCAAAGAAUGUUGGCAGACGCAAGACUUUCAGAAGCUCAGAUUUUUUCCGUAAUGAAAUUAUGUUUUAUACUCAGAUUGUCCCCAAGUUUGAAGAAUUCUUAGCUAGCAAAGAGCAAAGUAAUCUACUGUGUAUACCACAACAUAUUGUUUCUCACAUGGAUGGUGUAAAUGAUUUUAUAGUCAUGAAGGAUGUCUCCCCCCUAGGAUUUGGACCUGCAUCCAGGCAAAGUUGUAUCGACUGGACCGAAUGUACUGUGAUCUUAAAAACGUUAGCGAAAUUUCAUGCAAUCUCGUUUGCAUACAAAGAUCAGAAGAAAGAAGAGUUUGCAAAACUUGCAAGUUAUUUAACAGAAACUUACUUUGGUGCUCAUAACUGGAAAUGGUACGAGAGAUUCCAUAGAAAGCUGCUAGAUAUAGCUCAACAUGCCUUAACCACCGAAUAUCCGAAUAGUGAGGCUGACAAGCGAUUGAGGUCUUACGAAUUUCGCGCAAUCUACGACAAAUGUUCAGAAUUCUGUGAAAAACCAGACGCUCCCACGUCUGUUAUAACUGCUGGUGAUUGUUGGGCUCCAAACUUCUUGGUCCGAGACAUUGGGCAAAAUCAGAAGGAAGCAUUAAUGCUCGACUUUCAGCUCGCACGUUGCGUUAGCCCUAUCUGCGACCUAUCAUUCUUAAUUUAUUCCUGCACCCAGAAACCAUUUCGAGAUCAGUAUUAUGAUGACGCAUUGAAAGUUUAUCAUUCUGAAUUAAGCAGUGCUAUUAAAGCUCUUGGAUCUGAUCCAGAAAAGAUUUAUCCAUGGGAUUUAUUUCUGAAGGAGGUGAAGGACUAUUUCAUUUUUGGUUUAGCAUUCGCAUUCGAAGCUGUCCCGUUUUGCUUAUUGGAUCCAUCUCAAUCGUUCGAUUUAGAUGCCAUUGUCAAAGGCGACGAGGCAGUAAAUAUUGCUGAUGUGUGGACAUUGUCCAACAUUACGACAUCAAGUGGAAGACGAAGAUUAGCGGAUGUAAUAGUUCAUGCUGUCGAGAAUGGAUAUUUAUGAUGCAAAGUUAUAUAUUACAGAAUUAUAUAUCUAUUCAUAUAUCACAAAUUUUAAGAAAUUCCUAAAGAUAAUUAUAAACAGCACGAAUGCAUUAGUUUAGGGAAAUAAUAUUAUUGGAAAAGUAUUAUUGCAUUGUAGCUUGUACGGUAAUAAUUUAUCCAAAAUAUAUCUUUAUUAGCAACGUA